GCCGCAGAGGGGCGGGGCGGAGCGGAGCCGACGCGCUGGUCCCGGGUGGGGGCGGGACGAGCGCUGCGAACCUGGGAAGCCUGUCUGACCGCGCAGUUGGCACUGCCGGGUCUGGGGCGGGCCCAGAAGAGGACCCCCAGCCGCACUCCCGAUGGGGCUGUGCUUUCCCUGUCCGGGGGAGACCGCGCCUCCCUCGCCGGACCUGGAAGAGAAAAGAGCAAAGCUCGCAGAGGCUGCAGAGAGAAGACAGAAAGAGGCUGCAUCUCGGGGCAUUCUGGAUGUUCGGUCUGUGGAAGAAAAGAGAAAGAAAAAGGAAAAACUAGAAAAACAAAUGGCUGAAUCCAGGCCCCCACCAGAAGGUGGACUUAGGUGGACAGUUUCAUAAGCAUAACAUGGGUGGAAAAGUGUAUUGCCAAUAACGAAUAUCUGCAAUCAAGUGGACGUCCUCAGCUCACUUUCUUCUCUUUGAAUAAAUCAAGAUUCAGACUUUGCAAUUUUAGUGCCAUUAAAUGCAGUCAGUACUUUUCAAUAUUGGUAUACUGAAAAUGCUUUUGAUGUUCAAAUUUAGAAAAUGCCAGACCUUUCAUUAAAUACUUAUUUUCUUAUAAUUGCUUUUCUGCAGACAGUAGGCGAUUUGCCCUUAUUUAGUAGUUAAAACAGGGACCUAAAUAGUGAAUAAAUAUAUAUCGCAUGUAAAAAGUCUGCCUACACCUCAGACAUUAAAGUUUGCUAUUGUAUUUUCUCUCCUUUAUAAAAUGACCUUGCAAUCUAUAGUUUUCUGCUUAAUCUUGUAUCUCUUUUUAUUUCAUUAUUUAUGAAGGCUUUUGCUUAAACAUAUGGACUUCGUGCCUUUAAACUGUUCAUCAGGGAAAAUUUUGAAAAAUCAUUUGAAGGGCUUAUGUGAAGGAACACUAUAAAUUUUUAUAACUUACUAAGUAAUAUUUGUAGAAAAUUAUGAAUUUCUCCUAAUUUGUUUUCUAUUUCUGCGGCUUAUAAAAUUAAUAUAUAGUGUUUUACAUUGCAAUAAAGUGUUUUUUUGCUUGCUGUAUUUAAAAUUAUAUAUUAGUAGUGCCAUCAGAGGGCAGUGAUGGACUGUUACGCAAUAUCAGAUUCAGCUCUAAAGAUCUUUGUGGUAACUGAGUGAGUUGAACUAAGAAUCUGGAUGGGCUAUACUGAGUAGCAAUACAUUUUUCCAAAUUUCACAGGUGUUUUUAUUCUUUAGUAUUUAUUAAAGAAUGAUCGUAAGAUUUGUACAGAUGUGAAAUUGCCAGUACAAACAUGAAUGUAUGAAAUAGAAACAUGUCAGUACUGUAUUUUAAAAGGUCUACUUUAAGCAUAAAAUACUAUGAGGUUAAUUCUGUGGGAUUCAGAGUCAUAAAAUUUUCACAUUUGUGUUUAUUAGAAACAUGAGUUUAUAGUAUUUCUGUUUUUUGAGUUUUCCUUCCCUUGUGUAUAAUAAGCUAAAAUACAAGAAUUUCUCUAUCUUUUAAUUUGUUUGCUCUUUUGGAUGACAGGGCCACAAUCCGAGCCCUAAAUUAGAAUUCAUAGAUAGUAAGUACCAAUAGGGAUUAUAAAUUAAAUAAACCAGCUCAUUUGAUCUACAGAAAGAAUCUGAGCCGUUAUUGUGCUCAUCCCUCCCACAAGGCUCACAUUAUAUAGCAGUAUAUUGUAUAUGUUAAUUUUAAAGAGAUCGAACUAUGGUGUAAGUCUCUUGACUCUUGUUUGGAAAAAUUACUUUCUCUAUUAUGUAUAGAAUAGUUUGUGAAUAUCCAGUCAAGACAUAUAUUUAAACAGGCUCAAUUUUCUUCAUCCUUUAGAAUAUUAGUGGUACUUUUGUUCACAAAGGAUAGUGAAAUCAUUAAACUUUAUUUUAGAAAUAAAAUUCUUGACUUUAUGAACAUGAUUGAUUUUUCCAAGGCAGAAAGGAGGAAAGAUCCUCAAUAGCUGAAUAUAGAACCAAAUCAUAUUGUCCUUGAACUGUGCAAAUCCUUCAUUCUGCUUUAAUAUAUAAAGAACAAUUUUAUCUGUACUACCUUAAGAAUUACAAUUUGGGUUGGUAUAAACAAAGGUUUAUAUCCAGGGGAUAAUGCCCUAUAUCUAAUAGAGUUUAUAUCCAAAUAGCAUGUUUAUUUACUUUUGAACCAUGAAUGUAUGUUGGUGUAUUGCCUUCUGGGAACAAUGGGAUAUGCUGCUCUAGCCAGUCAUGCAUGGCCUGCUUCCGUGGGUUUAAUCUGCGUUCCCCAAAACCAUAAGGGAAGCAUCGGCUAAGGCGUGAUACUAAAAUGCUAAGAAUAGUUUUAGGAAGGGGAAGUGAAAAGAGGAGAUGAGAUGCUUGAUAGAAAACCAAUCAGUGACUACUAAAAAAAAAAAAAUUGUACCUAUACAUCCAAGCAUCUCCCUCAUCAAGUUAUGAAUCAGUUCCUGAUGGGAAUCUUAACUUGGAGCCAAUUUCCCAUAAAUCAUCAUUUUUAAAUAGGAAAAUAUAGUAAAAUGCUUAAUAUGUGACCCAAACCCUCCAAAAAAUUACUAAAAUAUAACUGAAACAGUAAAAUGCAUAUAUAUUAACUAUCAUGUUCAGAUGUAAAAUGCUAAAACUAUGGCUUCUUAAUUCUAAUCAUCAAGCUAACAAGAGUGAUAACAAAAAGCUGUAUAUCAUCACACAGCCCCUUUGUUGACAUGCUGCAUGUUGUUUUAAAACAUCUAUACGUGCUACUAUGGUUCCACUGAUUGUAUUUUGGAUGUAAUUAACAGUUUUCACACACAUGGUUUGUUAUAAAUUCUGUAUUGCUUUAUGCGGACACAAAUAUACAUUUUUCCUAUA